AUGCAGCAUGAAAUAUAUACGCCAUAUGGCAAUUGCGUCUGGAGACGUAGUGAACCGACGGCACUGAAAUUUAUUAUAUAUGCUUUCAUAGUGCCAGCGUUGGCCUGUUUUGGGUUUUGUGCAAAUUUCAUAAAUACAAUCGUAUUUAUGCGUCCAAAAAUGACACCAUCCGCUUUUUCCUAUUUGGCUGCAGUUUCUUGUUUAGACUGCAUAUCAUGCCUCUUUAUCACACUGACCGCACUAUCACGUAGCAUUUUCUAUAAUAGUUACUUUUGGAUUGUCUAUGACUUUCAGUGGCAAACUCCGCUCUUCGGUAUCACAACUGGAGCAGGCAACCUGAUUUUGGCUUGCCUUAGCUGUGAUCGCAUGGUGUAUUUAUGGAAUGGUCUUCCGAAUGGUACACCCAGAUUCUGUAGACGGCGCGUCGCACGUCGUAUGGUCAUUGUAGCCCUCAUCAUUUCGUUCGCAGUGAAUAUACCAUAUUUUUUCGUUUUCAUUGUUAACGAGGAUGGCACAUUUCAGACAACCUCGUUUUAUUACUCAGAAUUCUAUAAAAUCCAUAACUGGUUUACUUUUAUUUUAUUAGGAAUAUUACCGGCUGUAUUUUUACUCAUCGGGAAUGCAGUCAUUGUCAUAGCUUUUCGUCGUUGGAACAAGAAAAGCAAACUAUGCCAAAAUGCUAACGGAAGAUCAUCGAAAUGUACUCAAAAGCGCUAUAAACAUCAAACAAGACUCACUAUCAGUAUUGUCAUAGUCAUCACUUUGUACCUGGUAGGUGAGAUUCCAGCUCAUAUGACAUCACGUAAAAGUGCUUUGAAUUUGCUUUUCGGAGGCGAUAUAACAAAAGUAAAUUUGAAAGUUAUGGAGAACAUGGAGGUUAUCUGUUUAACAUUGAAUGCAUUGCAACUAAGCAUGAAUAUAAUCGUCUAUGCUGUGAUUAAUCCAUCCUUUAUGCCGGAAUUCUUUGCAUGUUUACGUAGUACAUCUGAUGUUUGUUGUGAUAUAUUUUGUUUCACUGGAAUUAUAAAAUAUUGUUAUAAGCGCUACCAAAGAAAUAAACCCAAAACUCUUAGAAGCACACAAAGAACCAAAGCGUCCCCAGUCACUAAUUGCAAUGAAAUUGAAAACAACACUGGACAUAUACCACCCACAGAGGAAAAUAAUGAAAGUGGUUUAGGUAUUAUGUCUAAUGACGAGACAUCCCUGCGACGUGUCAGUAGUUGGAAACGUUCUAGUUCUUUAGGAAAUCUUGCAUAUGAUAAUUAUGGAUUAGAAAUUGAAUUACCAACCGAAGAAGAGCACAACAAAUCAAAAAGACAUUCAAUAGCUCUGUAG